AUGCCUGCCCUCAGAUUGAUCGACCGAUCCCUGGCAGCCAGCCUGCACUCUCUCGCGAAGCGAAGCAACUGGGCUAGCCGCGAGCCAGGCGUGAUUCUGGUGUUCUGUAUCGUCUUCCUCGUCGCGGUCGGGCUCCUCUCGUUGGUCCUCUACCGAAGGUGGAUGAAGCGGAAAGCAGAGAAGGAAUCUUUCGAGACGACAACUUAG